AUGACCAUCACAGUGCCUCCAUGUGACUCCCUAAACCCUGAGAGACACAACAUGCAGAAGAUUCUAGAAGUCACCAAGAAGAUGAUGGAGCUGCUGACAGGAGAGGUGAGCGGUGCCGGAAUUCUGGGACAUUCUCCAGUAAGGAGGAGUGGGAGUAUUUAGAAGGACACAAGGAUCUCUACAAGGACGUCAUGAUGGACAAUCAGCCGCCCCUCACAUCACCGGAUGGAUCCAGUCAUGGGAACCCACCAGAGAGAUGUCCCGUCCUCUGUAUUCCCGGGAUUCCACACAGGAAGGUCACACCAUCCCUCACCAUCAUCAGAGUGGAAUCCUCGGGGAUGAUAAUAUUGAUGUUAAAGAAGAGUAUAAAGAGGAGGAUGAGGAGUAUGGAGUGAUGGAGGAGUUUUCAGAAGGACAUAAGGAUAUGAUGGAGCCACCUAAUACCAGGAACCCACCAGAGAGAUGUCCCCAUCCUCUGUAUUCCCGGGAUUCCACACAGGAAGGUCACACCAUCCCUCACCAUUACAAGAGUGGAGAUCCAAUCGAUAUAGAAUUUGAGGUGAAAGCAGAAGAAGAAGAGGCGUAUGUGAGGGAUGAUCAGCAGUCUAUGGAGGAGGAUGGAAUAACGGGGACAUUUAUAGAGGAGGACACUCCUACAGAGAGCCAUCAGAGAUCUCACACGGGGGAGAAGCCAUAUUCUGUACUGAGUGUGCGGGAAAUGUUUUUCAGAGAAAUCCAGCCUUUACAGGCAUCAGAGAUCUCACAGGGGGGAGAAACCAUAUACAUGUUCUGAGUGUGGGAAAUGUUUUUCAAACAAGUCCAGACUGUACACACAUCAGAGAUCUCACACAGGGGAGAAGCCGUAUUCCUGUCCCGAGUGUGGGAAAUGUUUUUCAGUGAAGUCCAAUCUUUACAAACAUCAGAGAUCUCACUUGGGUGAGAAGCCGUAUUCCUGUACUGAGUGUGGGAAAUGUUUUUCAGUGAAGUCCAGUCUUUACACACAUCAGAGAUCUCACACAGGGGAGAAGCCGUAUUCCUGUCCUGAGUGCGGGAAAUGUUUUUCAGUGAAGUCUUGUCUUUACUCACAUCAGAGAUCUCACACGGGGGAAAAGCCGUAUUCCUGUCCUCGGUGUGGGAAAUGUUUUUUCACGGAAGUCCAGCCUUUACAAACAUCAGAGAUCUCACACAGGGGCGAAGCCGUAUUCUUGUCCUAAGUACAGGAAAUGUUUUUCACAGACAUCCCAACUUGACACACAUCAGAGAUCUGACAUGGGGGUGAAGACACUUUCCUGUCCUGAGUGA